GUGCCCACCUAAUCAAAGUGGAAAAAAGUAAAGAAAAAGAACGACAGUGAAAAUUAUCUCUGACGAGACAAAAAUUCAUAUUUUUGCAAUUAAACCGCGUUUCAUUGCGUCCAAAGUGUGCACCUUCGGUAGCGGGACGUACAAUUCGCGCGAGAAGAGUGAAAUAUCGCCGUGGCGUGUGAAUUACGGGCGUUUUUCCGGUGAAUAAUGUUCCAAGUAAGAUUCCGUCGCGAGUGAGAAUUUUCCAGCUUUCAUCAUUUACAAUCAUCAGCCGUCAUCAUGAAUAAUGGCUAACAGUGCAUUUGAACGGGAAGACGAUACGUGAAUUGGUGAAUUGUUAUACAAUAGUGCAAUCGAAGCGUAGUAAAAGUGCUGCUGAAGAGUGUGGGGGUUUGAAGUUACCUCUCCGCUUCCGCCCAUCACAUCCGGUGAGCGCGGGAGACACCAACCCUGUUCUACUUGAAUCUGGUGGCUGCUGCUCGGAUCGGUAGUUUGGGGGCAAAAUUAUGCCAACGAUAGCCAACAGCUCUAACAUUAGUAGCAGCAACAGUGGCAGUAGCAGCAUUAUUGCCAGUGGCACCAGCAGUGCCGCCAUCAGCACCAAAACGAAGGAAAUGUUCAUCGUCCGGGCUCUGGAGAAGAUCCUCGGCGACAAAGACAUCAAGCGGUCGCACCAUUCUCAGCUGAAGCGUGCCUGCGAUGCGGCGUUAGAGGACAUCAAGGAGGAACUCAAAGAGGCCGGUCAAACCGAGCCGAAUGGCGAAGUUCCGGUCCCGUCGGCGGCGCUGCCGCUACCAAAGAACGAUUCGGCCAACAUCAUCAAUGCCGAGAAGUACUUCCUCCCGUUCGAGUUGGCCUGCCAGAGCAAAACCCCGCGGAUCGUUGUGACGGCGCUGGAUUGUCUGCAGAAGCUGAUCGCCUACGGACACCUCACCGGAAACAUUCCGGACUCGUCAAAUCCCGGCAAGUUUCUGAUCGAUCGGAUUGUUACUACGAUUUGCAACUGUUUCAUGGGACCGCAAACGGACGAAGGGGUUCAACUGCAGAUCAUCAAAGCCCUGCUGACGGUGGUCACUUCGCAGUAUGUCGAGGUACACGAGGGGACAGUUUUGCAGGGAGUGCGCACCUGUUACGAUAUCUACCUGUCGAGCAAGAACUUGAUCAAUCAGACUACGGCGCGGGCUACGCUGACGCAGAUGUUGAACGUGAUUUUCACCCGGAUGGAAAACCAAGCCUACGAGAUGGGUCCGAGUGGGAUGAGUGCCAUCGGGUCGCCUACCACUGGGCAAGAUGAAUCUCCGAAUGUGGUCGAGGAGAAACAUCCAGAUUACGACAUGGUACGCGGAAUAGUGGAUGAAAUUGUCGACAACGUUAUGGUAGCUGUGGCGGCCGCUGCUGAAGAAAACUCCAAAGCUAAUUCAACUGGUUCCGAAGAGGCUGGAGAUGCCGAAACGGGAAGCAUCGGUGGAGUGUCCAACAACGGAACGGAUAAUACUUCGAUUGCACGGGUACCCUCGCAGGAAAGCAUGGAGGUGACCAGCGAGAACGACAGUAUCGUCACGGCAAAGUUCACCCACAUUCUGCAGAAGGAUGCAUUUCUGGUGUUCCGAGCUCUGUGUAAACUGUCGAUGAAACCUCUCCCAGAAGGACAUCCGGAUCCCAAAUCUCACGAGCUGCGGUCGAAGAUUCUUUCGCUGCAUUUGUUGCUUUCGAUUCUCCAGAACGCAGGGCCGGUUUUCCGCUCGAACGAGAUGUUCAUCAUGGCCAUCAAACAAUACUUGUGCGUAGCAUUGUCCAAAAAUGGGGGUAGUUCCGUCCCAGAGGUUUUUGAGCUAUCACUGUCGAUCUUUGUCGCUUUACUUUCCAACUUUAAAAUCCACUUGAAGAAGCAGAUUGAAGUGUUUUUCAAGGAGAUAUUCUUGAACAUUCUGGAAGCUAACAGUUCAUCGUUUGAGCAUAAGUGGAUGGUAAUCCAGGCACUGACACGGAUUUGUGCCGAUGCCCAGAGCGUCGUCGAUAUCUAUGUGAAUUACGAUUGCGAUUUCUCCGCCGCCAAUUUGUUUGAACGGUUGGUCAACGAUCUGUCGAAGAUUGCUCAAGGAAGGCAGGCGCUGGAAUUGGGAACCUCGGUUAAUCAGGAGAAAUCGAUGCGCAUUCGAGGAUUGGAGUGUUUGGUUUCGAUCCUGAAGUGUAUGGUCGAAUGGAGUAAAGAUUUGUACGUAAAUCCCAACUCGCAGACGACGUUGGGAGACCCACCACCGCCGGCGGUAACUAGCGCGAGAAGUCCAGACGAGAACCAUGAACCGAUGAAGUCUCAUGGCGGAUCAACUGUCAGUAUCAACUCAGUAGGAAGCACCAACACAUCCGGCGGAAAUCGAGAAGUGCUGGAUCUUCCGUAUGAAUUGGAAGAGCGAAAGCAGAGGAAGGAAGUGAUGGAGAUGGGAAUCGACAUGUUCAAUAGGAAACCUAAGAAGGGGAUUCAGUUCUUGCAGGAGCGAGGGCUGCUCGGAACAAGCAAUGAGGAUGUGGCCAAAUGGUUACACGAGGAUGAACGGCUGGACAAGACCCAAGUGGGUGACUAUCUGGGUGAGAAUGACGAUCAAAGCAAAGCUGUGAUGUGCGCCUAUAUUGAUGCUAUGAACUUUGCCGAACUGGACAUUGUGGCCGCGUUGAGAUACUUCUUGGAAGGUUUUCGACUUCCCGGCGAAGCACAGAAGAUUGAUAGGUUGAUGGAGAAAUUCGCUAGCAGAUACUGUGACUGCAAUCCGAACAACACUUUGUUCGCCUCGGCUGAUACAGUAUACGUGCUGGCCUUCUCGGUGAUUAUGUUGACUACGGAUCUGCACUCGCCUCAAGUCAAACACAAAAUGACCAAGGAGCAGUACAUCAAGAUGAACCGAGGCAUUAGUGAUAAUAAGGAUCUACCGGAAGAGUACCUUUCGCAGAUCUACGACGAAAUAGCUGGGCAUGAGAUUAAGAUGAAGAACACAGUGUCGAGUAAACCCGGCAAGCAGAUCAUUGUGAAUGAGAAGAAGCGGAAACUCUUAUGGAACGUUGAAAUGGAAGCACUUUCCACGACGGCGAAGAAUCUGAUGGAAUCGGUAUCCCAUGUGAAGGCUCCAUUCACCUCAGCCAAACAUCUGGAACACGUAAGACCAAUGUUCAAGAUGGCUUGGACCUCCUUCCUAGCAGCAUUCUCCGUCGGGUUGCAAGACUGUGAUGAUCCGGAAAUUGCUAGUCUUUGUCUAGAUGGCAUUCGUUGUGCCGUUCGAAUUGCCUGCAUAUUCCAAAUGACGCUGGAAAGAGAUGCCUACGUGCAAGCGUUGGCACGCUUCACUCUUCUGACCGCCAAUUCGCCCAUCAACGAGAUGAAGGCCAAGAAUAUCGACACCAUCAAAACCUUGAUCAUGGUUGCACAUACGGAUGGAAACUAUCUGGGAACGAGUUGGUUAGACAUCGUGAAGUGCAUUUCUCAUCUGGAGUUGGCUCAGUUGAUAGGAACUGGGGUGCGACCUGAAUUCCUGUCUGGCCCUGCCUCCCAUCGGGAUGCCCUAGACCCCACGGCCAAAGAGCACAUUGGAGAAACCAGUUCUCAGAGUAUAGUAGUUGCCGUGGACCGAAUAUUUACCGGAUCGAUUCGACUCGAUGGUUAUGCGAUCGUUGAUUUUGUUAAAGCAUUGUGCCAAGUUUCGUUGGAUGAGUUGACCCGACCGCAGCCUCGGAUGUUCUCGCUACAGAAAAUUGUCGAAAUUUCCUAUUACAACAUGGGCCGUAUUCGUCUGCAGUGGUCCCGAAUAUGGCAGAUUUUGGGCGAGCAUUUUAACGCAGUCGGUUGCAAUAUCAAUGAGGAGAUCGCCUUUUUCGCGCUGGAUUCUUUGAGGCAGCUAUCGAUGAAGUUUAUCGAGAAGGGAGAAUUUACGAACUUCCGAUUCCAGAAAGACUUUUUGCGACCAUUCGAACAUAUUAUGAAGAAAAACAAUUCGCCGGCGAUUAGGGAUAUGGUCGUUCGAUGCGUGGCGCAAAUGGUCAAUUCUCAAGCUCACAACAUCAAAUCCGGUUGGAAGAACAUUUUCUCGGUGUUUCAUCUGGCGGCCGGUGAUCACGAUGGUUCAAUAGUUGAGCUGGCCUUUUUGACGACUGGGAAAAUCAUAACAGAUUUAUAUCAAUCACAAUUCCCAAUAAUGAUAGAUUCAUUCCAAGAUGCUGUGAAGUGUUUGUCUGAGUUUGCUUGCAACGCCAAGUUCCCGGAUACCAGCAUGGAAGCGAUAAGACUGGUCCGGACAUGUGCCCUGUGCGUGAACGACGCCCCAAAUUUGUUUGCUGAGCAUGCCGGUAUGGAAAAUGAUGUUUCGGUUCCAGAGGAAGAUCGUGUUUGGGUUCGCGGGUGGUUCCCAAUGCUAUUUUCACUAUCCUGUGUUGUGAACCGAUGCAAACUAGACGUUAGGACACGUGGAUUAACGGUACUCUUCGAGAUAGUCAAAACGCACGGCGAUGCGUAUAAACCAAACUGGUGGCGUGAUCUGUUCAACAUUUUGUUCCGAAUUUUCGAUAACAUGAAGCUCCCGGAGCACUACUCAGAGAAAGCCGAAUGGAUGACCACAACUUGCAAUCACGCCUUGUACGCAAUAGUAGAUGUUUUUACCCAAUACUUUGAUGUACUUGGGCCGAUGCUAUUGAAGGAUCUGUACUGUCAACUCCAUUGGUGUGUCCAGCAGAACAAUGAACAGCUAGCCCGAUCUGGAACGAACUGUUUGGAAAACCUCGUCAUAUCUAAUGGUCUCAAGUUCAAUGAGGACACUUGGGACAAAACUUGCCAAUGCAUGUUGGAUAUAUUCAAUAGUACAUUGCCGAACGAAUUACUCACAUGGAAGCCAGAUCCGCAUCCGCAAAUCAUCAACCACGCUUCGCAUUAUCCGCAGAAUGGAGACAUUCCACGGCACGGCAUUCUCAAACGAACCCCUUCGCAGCAUUCUGUUCAUAAUCUAUUGGAAGACCCCUCGAUGAAAGCAACGGAACUUAACCAAACCGCCACGCUCUUCUCCAAUCUUCUCAUCAAGUGUGUUGUUCAGCUGGAACUGAUUCAAACCAUCGACAACAUCAUCUUCUUCCCGGCAACUUCCCGCAAGGAAGAUGCCGAAACACUUGCCCAGGCGGCAGCUGAACUGUCCCAUUCUACUAGUGGCAGCAUCGGAUCAACCACGGGUUCCAUUCUGAAUCAUUCGCUUUCGACUGAGGAGUGCCAACGCGAAGAACAGGGCAUGUACAGCUACCUAAACACCCCUCAUUUGCUGCAGCUGAUCGACUGCCUGAUGCAGAGUCACAGGUUUGCGAAGAAAUUCAACUCGAACCACGAGCAGCGCAACGUGCUGUGGAAGGCCGGCUUCAAGGGUUCGCUCAAGCCGAAUCUGCUGAAGCAGGAAACGCAAUCGUUGGCCUGCGUGCUGCGGAUUUUGUUCAAAAUGUACAGUGACGAGAGCCGACGACGCGACUGGCAGGACAUCGAGCAACGGUUGAUUGCCGUGUGCACGGAAGCGCUGGACUACUUCCUGUCGCUGCAAAGUGAACCGCAUCGGGAUGCGUGGACGUCGCUGUUGCUUCUGGUGAUGACUCGAUUGCUCAAGAUGCCGGAUUCGAGGUUUGCUGCCCACAUCUCCAGCUAUUACGUGCUAAUGUGCGAUCUGAUGUGCUUCGACCUGAAACCGGAACUGCGGACCGUUCUGCGGCGCGUCUUUCUGCGCAUCAGUCCGGUGUUUGGAAUCUCUAGUACCGCCAACAGUGCCACCUAGUAUCGCCGGAAGAGUGGUGUCUCGUUGCCGGUGGUUCAACCGGGAGCGCAUCACCAUCGAAGCGCCAAGCAACCGUGCCGACAUGAAGAGCAUUAUUCUUUGGCCGCAGUUCGGAGAGGAUCGUUCGGUGGAGCUCUAGUCCCACACCACCAACAUAGCAAUAUUGUCCCAAACGGUGACUACCCUGGCAGUCGGCACGGAAGUUCGAGCGGUAGCGUACCCCCGGCGCUUCAUCAGCAGGCCCGAAACAGUUGGAAUAAAAAACCAAGGUUGUAGUCAUUUUACUGGGAUUUUUUAGCUUAUUUGUAUCCAUACAUUAUGUAUGCUACUGUAAACAAGAAAUACUUUUUCAAGUAUUUUUAUUUUGUACUAAAUUAUUAUUCAUAUACCUAUAUAUAAAAUCGAUCAUUGUCUGUGGUACUGAUGUAGACAAAAUAUAAAUUAUUCCGCAGAUUCUA